GGUAUUUGGUAAAACUACAACUACACUAACGCACAUUACGCAUGCGCAUGUCGGAUUCGUCAUUCAUCGUUCGCUGUGGCCGACAUCACGAAACCGUCAUUUUCUAAAAUCAGUUAAUUUUGCCAACGAAUUACCGCAUUACUAAUUAUAGAAAAUGCCGAACCAAGUGUUAACUAUAGAGCCGCAAAAUGAACUCAAGUUUAAAGGGCUCUUUGAGCAGGGCUACACGACGUACAUGCGGCUGAUAAACCCGACCACUGAUACAGUUUUGUUCAAGAUAAAGACUACCGCGCCUAAGAAAUACUGCGUGCGCCCCAACUCUGGCGUGCUGGAACCAAACUCCAAAGUGGACAUAGCCAUCACUCCACAGCCGGUGUUUGUUGACCCGAAUGACAAGCACAAACACAAGUUCAUGGUUCAGAGUGUUAUUGCUCCCGAGGGCAAGACAAACAUAGAUCAAGUGUGGAAGGAAACUAGUCCCGAUCAGCUUAUGGACUACAAGCUAAAAUGUGUAUUUGAAACGCCUCGCGGAACUAAUCUCAACGACGCCGGCGACGUCCCGGCACAAAACGAAGUAUCUAAGAAACGAGUUGCGGUUGCAGAUGACGCGAAGGCUCCAUCAAAGGACGCCGUAGAAGGCCUAGUUCAAAACGAGCCUAAGAUCAAGGACGGUGCCCACACAUCUGGACCUUUAAGUGAAAACACGGUUGCUACGACUUUGUCGAAAUCGGAGAAUGCUGAAAGCGACUUGCAAAAAGCGACGUCAGAGGUGAUUCUUUUGAGGGAGGAGGAGAGCAAGCUUAGACAUGAAAAUCUACAGUUAAAAGAAGAGCUGCUGCGUCUGCGCCAAGCGGGAGGCGACGGUCGCGGCGCGGCGCGGCGCCACUCGUACGGGCCGGAGAAGCACGCACAGACGACCAUGAUGCCGUGGCUCGCCACCGCCGUCGCCAUGGCCCUGCUGGGCAUCAUCAUCGGCAAGUUCCUCAUGUGAACGGUAUCGUUGCUGCCGCGGUGACCGGACGCCUCACACUCACCGCAGUUACACCACUCCCAACGCCUCUUCCUCGCACAUGGCAGCUUCACCUUCGUUUAACGCCCUCCGGCCAUGCUUCAAUCGAGAUACGCUCCUGCCGAGACCUGUGUCACUAUGCUAGACAAUCCCCUUCCGCUUCCAUGGAACAACCGGUACGAUCCACCUGUUUUCUGCUACGAUUUCGUUCGCCUGAUGCAUAAGUCGUUAUUUCCCGGCUCUUGAUUUAUAAAACUCCUCGACAUUGUUUCAUUUAUUAUUGGUUUUCUUUUGGGUCAAAUUAAGCAUUUGCUACCAAAAACAUGUAUGUAAAGUAAUCAUUUUUGUAAAUCAACCGUAUAAAUAGUAAGUGUUUGUAAAAAGAUUUAAUUGAUAGCUUCUCUUUAUGUGUAUUCGUGUCACAAUUGUUUGAUAUAGAGAGAUAUCUGUAAAGACUUUAAUAUUUAGAAAAUAUCGUGGAUGAGUGUGACAACGUCGCUGUAAAUUUAGGAUUCGUAUUACAUUGAAGCAUUAUUAAAAAUUAGAGUUAAUAUAAUGUACACUCUUGAGUAAUUCCGCUUUCAUAUUCGAAUCGUUAAUAAAUAUGUAGAGGUUUUAUAGCAUUCAUGGUAUACUGUAUAAAGUAGGGCAUUUGUAAAAUUAAUUAUUCGUUAACGAGCAGACACCAAAUAUUUUCCAAGAAGGUUGCCGAGGGAGCGCUUGGUAUGUAAAAUUGUACAAUAUUAAAAACACGGUCUUAUUCAUAUAAAGUCUAAAAAGCACUUUGCUUAUAACGUCUUUGUAUUGUUUUAGCCUAUUUGAAGUUUAUUGAGAGAAUGUCAUUCGAGUUUCCCGAGGCUCUUAGGCUAAUUUAUAGGCGUGUCGUUAGCAGACAUGGGGAGCCUCAUUAUAUGGUUGUCAUGAAUUAUAUAUCAGCGUUUUAUGAAUAAGGCCAGUGGAAUUUGUUUAUUAAUCCUGGGUUAUUCCCACUAGUUACCACCAAGUUGUUAUCAGUGGGAAUUUUUUUCCUACCUUUUACCAGUGGUAACUACUGGGAAAACAAUUCCCAGUAGUUACCACCAAACCGAACCAAACUGAGUUGGUGAACCAAACUGGUAAAAGGUGGGUGGGUGGUAAUUUUUUUCCCAGUAGACUAAAAUUUUGUUAGAGUUAAAUACUAAUUAAACAGUAUAAACAAUGAAUAAAUAAUAAAAUUUUAAUAAAUAAUUAUAAGUCGAUUAGAGUUUCAGUAAACUGCCUUAAAAGUAAUUAAAAAUAAAAACAGUUCAACCUGUGCAAGUGCAAAAACUGAAAUAGUCAAGGAGAAAUUAACGUUUCGAUGAAUCUUAUCUUGAUAAUUGUAAUUUGAAUUAAUUAUAUGAAGGAACAAACAAGUCAGUCGAAAACCGACUAGUUUUGAUCACUUUAAGGCAGUUUACUAGAACACUAAUCGACAAAUCAUUAUUUAUUAAUGUACUCUAUAUUUAUUUUAUACUAUACUAUUUAUAAGCUGUUUUUAUUAGUUAACAAAAUUUUGGUGUUAACUACUGGGAAUGUAGUUGGGCUGGGCUUAUGGACAGAAAUGCGGCUAUAUAACUGAUAUUUAAGUUCGUGAUAUCUUGAUGUUUGCGGCUUUUUAUCGAAAACAUUGUAAGUAAUUAUUCUUACAGAGUAAACCCUAUAUCUGCACCGAAAUAGCGAUGAUUUUACAUGUAGAUCUAUGGAUUUUACCAGUCGUUGAUUAUUAUUCAUAAAGUACAUUUGUUUUUUUGUUUUUUAAUUAUUGCUAUCUGUAAAGCAUUUGGAUAAACAUACUAUGAAUCAAAAUACAGAUAACUAGCAUCCCUUUAUAAGACUAGAGCCAUUGGAGAAAAUGCUGCGGAGUCGCGCAGUAUUUUUCCAAUUGCUCUAGUGUUUACUUUAAAAGUGACAACGAAUUUUAGGUAACACAGUUAUAAGCUACGGUGUACUCAUAUCUCACCUCAUAUUUGACUGAACGAUUGCAUGGUCGCAUAAUACUAGUGAAUACUUGCCUUGGCAAAUCAGUGGACAGACUUAACGUUAAUAUCUAAUGUUAUUUAUUUUUGAGUAAAAUCUGACAGGAUAAUCUGUAGGUUUGGUAACUGAUGAAUUGCUUACCAGGUACCCCGGUCGAUUGGGUCAUUUGGUGUCGCCUAUGUUCAUAAAAUUAUAAUUGUGUUGUCACGCCACUUGAUUAUUACCUAAUCCUAGUAUUCUAAUGUGUUAUGCAACAUUCUUGAUUGUAGAUUUGUGUCGGUAUAUUUAGGAAGAAUUCUCUUGUUUUCAUGCUGCAUUUUUAUUUUUAGUUAUCUGGCGUAAAUUUGUAUUAUAUUAUUAUUAUUAUUUUAUGAUAUUAUUAUUAUUUUACUCUGACAGGUUUUAACUUUUAAAUGUCGCUGUUUUUAAGCUUUUGUAUACCUAAUUGAAAUUAGAUGUGAAAAUUGCAAAAAAUAAAAUGAAUAAGUUAAGCACUUUUACUAAAAAGACAAACUAUAAUCUUUCGUUUAACUAGGUUAAAUAAAAACUUGUUACCACAUCUUCCUGUUUGAAGGAACUGUGUAUACAACAAGUUGAAACUGUUUGGUGAAAGCAACUAUCACCAGCUACUGCUUGUCAGGCAGUAGCUUGUUAAACGUUUUAAUCAUUUGAUGUAAGUAAUUGUGUUAUUGCUUAAUAAUAUGUAAUGUAGUGUAAUUACCGAUUGCAUAAUUGUUUACAUCGUUACGGGCGAACGAACACCUUAGCCCGCGGGCCACAGCCACACAGACACAGACUGCCGACGGGCAUGCUGCCGGCCACUCGUGUGUACACGUACAGUACGCACAGCUCGGUGGUAAAUUGGUAAUGCUUGCCUGGUCUGCACAUUUACACUCGACCGUUUUACUCGGCGCGGCGGUCUGUUUGUGCCCCUUAACUUGUUUUAUGUCUGAUUUAAUACUUUAUUACCCAUAUUAUUCAAUUCAAUUCCACUGUUAGAGCUUUGCCUCCUAUUUUAUUGAGAGAUGAUUAAUUCAUUGGGACAAGGUUAUUUUAAUGUAAUUUUUUUUUUUUUUUAAUGUAACAGACUAUAGUUUAAUUAAAAUAUCCGUAUGGUAUUGUUGUUAUACUAUUAUGCUAUAUUGUAUCGUUUUCUGAAAUAAAAUACUUAAUUUACGAUA